GGCCUGGGUGCCCAUCGCGCCGCGCCGCAUUGUGCGCGCGCCGCAGCCGACGGCGCCCCAGAGGCUGCCCCAGCAACAUCAGACGGACGUCCAGGGACCCGUCGAGCGGCCUGCAGCCGCGCGUGGCAAGCGCAGGAGCGAGGGCGGCAACAGAGUAGCGAGUAGGCCUAGCCUGCAGCAUCGACGCGCGCGCGGGGCUGCCUAGGCGGCACAUAGCGAGCAAGUGGGCACGCCGGCGGCGCGGGCCACACGACAAAGAUGGCCUCGCUCUACGAGCGCCUGCGAGCCUGCUUAGAUCCGGCGCAGAUCGUCCUAUUGGAGAUUGGCAUCCUGGUCGUCGUCUGGCUGACCGUCGGCACGGUCGUUUUCGCGCUCAACCAGCCGAACUUCGACGCGAUCGCGGACCGAUGGAUCUACUCCUUCUUCUUUUGUGUGAACGCGGGGCUGGGCGUGGGGAACGUACCUCUAGAACCUACAAGAUGGUACACGAAAAUAAUAGCGAGCGCGUUCUGUUUCGUGGGCCACACCAUGGUGAUUGGUGGCGCCGCCGUCUACUUUGCCGUACAAAGCGACACGGUCAUGAAGAAGGUCGCUCUGUCACCGGUACGGGAGGAACAGGUCCGACGGCAACGACUGCUGUAUCACUUCUCCAUAUUUCUCUUCUUCGUGCUGGUGGGCGUCGUCAUCGCGUUCACCACAGCUCAGUUGUCGGGAUGGAUGAUGGCUUUCGAGUUCUCCGUGACGAUGCUCACGAGUGCCGGUCUCGUGGAAGGCGUCGAGGACGAUAGCGACUGGAUCUGCCAGGCCUUGUGGAUGCUGGCCGGUAUUCCCUUCAGUAUCGCCUUCUUCUCGGAACUCAGUGCGUAUGUCUGGCACGUCGCGCGGCACCAUAGACACCGGAGGCACCAUAGACAACACGGUUUCUCUGAAUCUACGACGCAGCCCCUCCAAGAUCGGUCUACCGAUUCAAUGCCGGCGACGGAAUAUAUAUACUUGGAGAGGCUAGCGCGGGCGGCCGGCUACCUACGGGAGCGGGACGCCGUACCAACAGAAAACGUCGAGCUAGAGGACCUCCAAGCGACCUUGCAGGUUGGGGAACUUAUAGUAUCACUGAUCAUAUGGUGGCUCGCCGGUACUUUAUUUUACUACUUGUACCAGGGCUUUUCUCUCGUAUAUUCCUUCUACUACGCGAUCAACGUCGGGUUAGGUAUCGGGAACUGCCCGUAUCAGCCCGACAAGACGUGGAGUCGUUUGUACACGAUCUUCCAUUGUAUCGCUGGUUCAAGUUUGAUCUAUGGUGGCGUGUCCACGGUCUUCAAGGAAGCGACCGAGCGCCUACGGCAGCGCAUGGAUGAUGAUGAUGUGAGUACCGAUAGCGAGGACGACGAGAGCGAGGAAGCCCAAUUGGGCAGAGUGUACAUAUAUGGUGUGAUAUAUGUCAUCUGCUUACUCCUUGGAAUACCGGUGGCCUGGGUCUGCGGCUACACGAAAUGGUACGACGUUGUCGAAUUUACGAUCACCUACAUGACGACGGCGGGCUUGCUGUCCUUCGACCGGGAUAACAGUCAUGGCCCGAUCUACUUCGUGUCGGCGUGCUACAUCGCUCUGGCGAUUCCCGUGGCCGCCGUGUUUAUUUCGGAGCUGGCCUCGGAGGCCUUUGUGCACAGGGAGCAUAGGGUCAUCAGCGACAGAAUACGCGAGUCGGAAGAUUCCGCCGCUGGAGGUUUCCAACCGCCACCCGCACCGCCCCCGUCGGGCCAGAAGAAGACGAACGUGCGCGUUCCCUCCGCCUACGCGCGCUUUUUGCGCGGCGUGAAGCGGCGCGUCGGCUUCUCGCGCUCGUCGUCAUCGUCGGAGCGGCGGCCGUCGGCCGACCGCGAGGCAUGACGACUCUUGUUUAAUUUUAUUUAGGAUC